GGGGGACAUGGGAGCCAGGCUGCCUGGGUUCUCCACUCUACCACUUUGGGGAUAUGGUUUGAUUGCUGGGGGGGGGUGGCAUAGUGCAGGAGGCCAGACACCUGGGCUCUCCAGGGAGGUGGGUCCCUCAAGAACUGCAGGAUGGUAUCAGGCCUGACCAGCCUAUCCAUUGCUCAAGACCUGGAAGUUUCGGCCAUACGUCAGGUGGGUGUGGCAGAGCUGGUGAGGUGGGGGGGGCAGGAUGUCUGGGUUCUAUGGGGGGUGGCAGGGUUGGGGGCACCUGUCCCUUGGGGUGGGGCAGGGUGUGCGCUGCUUGCCUCCAGCUGAGGUGGGGGGGGGGAUCCUUCACUUUCUGUUCCCCUGGGCGGCUGCCCCACCCCAGAGCUGGUUGCAUCUUGAGGGGGUGGAUCCAGGCACAGCACCGCCUUGCCUGGGAGGGGAGGUUGCCCCAGCACAUGCCUCUUCAUGGCUGUUUAUUUCCCACCCCCCGGAUUAACCCCUUCAUUCCUUUUGCCUCCCUCCAACCCAGAGGCCAACACGACCAGCAGUAACCGCACAGAUGGUCCAGCUGCUUCCUCAGGGCUCACGACAGAGGCCACCUACCGACCUAGCAGCGAGGAGCAGGCGGGUGCCCGCGUCGGGCCCAGCCCCCACCUCAAACUGCCCCCUGAGGAGCGACUCAUCUGAGAUCCUCCCAGACUUCUGCCCCCUCUUGGACUCCUGCCCCCCAUCUACGGGGAACCAUGCUGGGGCAGGGGGCAGUUGCAGCUGCCUUGCUACCCUGCGGUGCUUCCUGGUGGCUGAAGCAAUAGUGGGGGGCCCCAGACAGCACCCCCUCUGGACUGGUCUUUAUUCCUGCAUCUGUCUGUCUGUCCUGCAGAAGGGGCUGGUGCUGGAUCUGCCCCCAUGAGUGUUCCCUGGUGGCUGAGCCCAAGAAGCGGGGUCCCUGACAGCCCCUCACCCCACACUGGUCUCUCCAGUGUCCCUUUGUCUGUCCAGGCUCGGGGUGGGGGUUGGACUUGUGCUCCCUGGUGGCCAAAGCAAUAGGUGGGGUCCUGCCCCUUGCCCACUGGACUGGUCUUUACCCCUGCUCCCCUGGGGGCAGCCCCCUGUGUCUGUCUUGUGGGGGUAGGGGGUCGGGCUGAUGCUGCUCUAAUCUGUCCCCCCACUCCCCUCCCCUUUAAUGGCUUUGAAUGGAUGUUUAAUAAAAUCCUGGGUUUGUUAUUGAAUUGUCACAGGGGGACUGGGGUGGGGGGAUGCUGCUCUUCCAGCCUCAGCUGGCCCCACCUCCAUACCCUGUCAUACCUGUUUGCCUAUGUGGGAAACGGUGCUUAUGUCCCCUUCCAGGCCCGCUCUGAGGGUGCAGGGAUGACCCCCCCACCCAAGGCUGGUGUGAGGGGGAUAAUAGCUUCCUGCUGCUGUGUAUUGGGGUGGGAGACAAGGCUCAGCUACCCCUGCUCUGGGGGGAACCUCAGCCAUUGGGGGGGGGGCAGCACUCAAGGCUGGUGGUGCCUUCCCCCCAACCCAGUGGAAUUCAGCUCCAGGCGGUAAUGGAAACCCCCGGGACAGGGGCCAACUCUCCUCCCUGCCCUCGGCCGACCCUAGAGGUGGCUGCAUCUCAGCACUGAGGUUCCCCCCAGAGCUGGGACCUCACAACCCCUCCCCGCCCCCCUUGUGUCUAAAUCCCAGCAGCAGCCUAAACUCCAACACACACCAGUGCACACCCAUCCCGGACUCCGGGAGUAGAGCGCGGAGCCUGGGAGGAAGAGAGCCGGAGUCACGGAGGAGUCCUCGGCGGCGCCCCGUGCCUCAGUUUCCCCCCACUUUGGCGGAGCAGCGAGCAGCGCUCCGGGCAGGGCGGUGGGCAGAAGCUUAGGAGCUCGCUCGCCCACCCUUCUCCUCCCCGCCGCCUCCCGUCCUGGGGUGGCAAUAGGGGUCCCCUCGCUCCCACAAGCGGAUGCGGCACUUCAGCCUGGUCCGAGCCCGGGUCCGAGCCGAACGUUGGCGCUGCC